AUGAGAACCGCUAAUUCAAAUUAGGCAUAAUCAUCUCUCCCAGAUAGUAAUGAAAUCAAUGAAUAUAUUAAGGAGUACUUAAAAUACUCUAAUUAUUCCAAUACCCUGGAAUGCUUUGAAGCAGAAAUUAAGAGCAAAUAGGUUUCCAAUAAAAUGCUAAAUAAAUAAUAAGUUAUUAAACAAACAGGAGAGGAUUUACCUCGUAUAUUUUAAUUGUUAAAAAGUGAUAAUAUGAAAACAAAAAGGGAAAUCAAUUUAGAAAAGGAAUAAAAGCAAUUUAAUAAAAAAUACUAAUAAAUUUUAUAAGCAGGCAGAUAGAUAUUUUCAGUCAGUAUAAACCUAUUGCAAUUAUUGCAUUCAUUAAAGGAGACAGCAAAAAAUGAGAAUCUUAGCGAAACUUUAGAGAAUUAUAAAAUUUAGUUAGGAAAAUAUCAUAAAGUAAUAAUUAAUGAAGGUAAGCCUGAAGGAACAGAAUUAAUUACUGAAUAAGUUAUGCAUGAGCAUAAAACUAAGCUAUUUAAGAAUUAUUAGGAUAAGAAUGUUGAUGGCAUGAUAGAGGUAUUGCUUUCAUUAAGGGUAAAUGCAUUAUAAAUUGCACCAGAAUUAAGAAAAAAUUUGGUCUAUGAAUUGAUUAGAAAUGAUGUAUUUAAUAUCGAAGCCACUGAAAAAUUUGACUUUGUAGUUAAUUUAUUGGAUAUUAAUAACCAAAGCCUUAGACAUGCAAUAGCAAGUUUAAUUAGUGUAAUUAGUAGUACUUUAAGGGGAGUUGAAUAUUUAACCUAUAAUGGAAACAUGAUAAUAAUAGAAAAAAUAAUAAAAAUUUUAAAGGAAUAAGAAAACGGUUCUGUGACAUAAAGAUUUUGUUUGGCAAUUUUGUAGAAGGCUAGUAUUAAAGACACUGUAAUUCCAACUUAUGUACAUAAUGAAAUGAUUUAAUGGAUUGUGAACUUAAUUUAAAAGUCGGUUAAUGCUAAGAUUCAUGUUUUUUGCCUUGACUUUGCUUCUGCUACUUUAGCAAAUAUUAUACACACUCCAUAUACUUUAUAAUAUUUGGAACAUUAACCUAGAUUUUCACAUCAGGUGAUGGAAUAGUUAUUGAAAUUCAUUAAAGAUUAGAUUUAAGUUUCAGUUUUGAUGCAUGUUUUGAUUUGUUUGUCCUAUCUGAGUAAAGAGAAUUUUGCUAAAUAAAUGCAAGAAUGCAAGUUUGUAGAAAGGAUAAGUGAAUUUGUUGAAUAUUACAGUGUAAUCAAUACAGAAAACGAGGCAGCUGAAAUUGACAAAAAAACAGUUUUAGACUUGUGUGCUCAUAUGUUCCAUCCAAAAGAUACUUCCCUUGAUAAUUCUGAGACUUUGGAAUUAAAUGAGUUAAAAACUGAAGAUAGGAUUAGAGAAUAUGAGAAUGAACAAGGUGAAUUAAUAUUCGAAUGUUUUCAAGAUGAAGUAAGUUGA